AUGGAGCUGGAAAGAAAAACAUCUCAGAUUCAGGAAGACGACACUGACGAUAAAGAAGACACAUCCUCCACAUCUCUGAAAUCUAAGUUGAAAGAUCCAGAAUUCAGAAGGAAAAUUCUUCAGUGGACUUCUCUGCCUAUAGGGAUGUUCAGUAUGGGAAUAGUUGAUGCUUCGGGGGGAGCCACACUUUUGGAUCUGCAGCUUCUGACAUCGACCGACGACCAGAUGUCUUCACUGUACAUUACCGCCUACAACCUGGGCUAUGUCAUGGGCUCAUUCAUUGGAGGCUAUCUCUAUGGCAAGAUCAACAGCUACUUCAUGAUGACCAUCUGUUGUGUCCUGGCUGGCGGUGCCAACAUCGCCACUCCUUACCUCAACACAUUUCUGCUGAUGUUCAUCAUUCGCUGCUCUACUGGUUGUUUCCUUGGCAUUCUGCUCUGCAUUGGCAGCGCCGAGCACAUGCGCAUCUGGGGCACUAAAGGAGAGUCCCUGUUGCAGCUGAUCAACUUUGUCUACGCCGUGGGUGGAGUCGUCGGCCCGUUGAUCUCAGAACCGUUUAUAACGGAAAAGGACCGAGACAAUGCCACAUCUACGCAUCAAAAUGUGAUAUCUGGCAACUUUCAAAACCAUACCCUGACAUUUAACAACUCUGCGAGCCUCACAUGUGACAGUUUUACAUAUAACAAUAUAACAACUGACAAUUUUGUUAAUCACAAUCUGACAUUUGACAACUUUAUUAGUCUCACACUGGAAUGCAUCAACCAAACAGACGUAAAUAAAUCAAAUCUACAACGAUCUACAAACGUCCGUUACGCCUUUCUGAUUGGUGGACUCACAUCCGUACUAGGAGGUAUCCCAUUUUUAGUAACUCUUCUAAAGUGGAGGAAAUCAAACUCACAUGUUGAGGAAACUGGUGUCUCAGAGCUUACAGGUCGCAAACUACCUCUGCCAGUGACCGUUUUUUUAGCUGGACUUUUAUUUAUAUAUUAUCUGUUUUAUUGUUCUAUUGAGGUAACAUUUAGUUCCUAUCUGUUAGUAUUUAUUGUAAAGCAUUUUGACACGAUUGGCACCCACGAAGCAGCGUAUAUAAUGACUUACUACUGGGUGCUAUUUGCUACUGGCAGGUUUAUCUCCAUCUUUACUUCAAAAUACUUACCUGCCAAAAUCCUGCUGUACAUACAUUUGACCUUGAUUGCGUCAACGUUUGCAGGAUUCAUAGCCAGCGCCUUGUUCAACAGAUUUGAUAUUCUGACCGUUUUUGCUUGUCUCAUGGGUUUAGCGUGUUCGGCAACGUAUGCUGCAGGCAUAUCAUGGACGGAAGCUGAGCUGAUGAAGGUGACUGGUCCAAUAUCGGCCGUUAUCCUGGUAGGAGCUUCAACAGGAGCUAUGGUGACCCCUUUCGUGGUGGGUCACCUGGUGGAGUACGUGUCAGACAUGUGGUUCUGUUACAGCAUUGUGGUGGUUUUUCUCCUGGCCGUCUCUGUUCUUGUGGUCACAAUGACCUUUAACCGAUGUUACGUGGACAGAAAAUAUGGUAAAAUGGGUGCAGGUUUGGUGCCAGAAAAACCACCGAUUUUACCCGACAUUGUUGUACAAUCAACUUUAUGA